AUGCCAUUCAUGGAUGAAGGUUCUUGUCUACACCUCAUGAAGACAGCAUAUCCAGAUGGAUUUGAAAAGUCUUCUAUUGGCUCUAUCCUGAAAGAAACUCUUAAGGCUUUAGAGUACCUACAUCGACAUGGACACAUCCAUCGCGAUGUUAAGCUUGCUGACUUUGGUGUUUCAGCUUGCAUGUUUGACAAAGGUGAUCGACAACAGUCAAGAAAUACUUUUGUAGGAACUCCAUGCUGGAUGGCGCCAGAGGUGUUGCAGCCUGGAAGUGGAUACGAUUUCAAAACACCCCCUUGUCCCUGGAGCGGAUGCCUAACAGAAGAAGAAAAAAGGAUGGUGCAGGAGGGUGAGGACGUUGGGUUCCCUGAAAAUACGAAGAAACUAAGAAAAAGAGGUGCGAAAGAGUAA